AUGUCGAAAGAAAAUGUGAAGAAAUAUGUAGAGAAGAAGCAAAAGCCUUCAUCAACUCAUAGUCUCUUAUCUAAACGUCUAAAAAAAGUUUACCCUUUUGAGCUAAAGAAAACGACCUCUCUACUCUCCCUCUCCUCGCCUUCUUCAACCCUUUUGCGUAAUACGAGUGAAUCCUUCACCAUUUCAUCUUCUACAGUGGAUCAGGCCAUUUCGUCAGCACUUGGUCUCAUUUCCCCAGACACUCCACCAACGGCUAAAACUAGCAUGCCAGUUUUAGUCGCGGUUCCAGUUCCGAUUCCAGUUCUGCAACCGAAUUUGGUUUCAGAUGCUUCUAAUGAAAGUGUGAAAAGAUGCAACUGGAUUUCUAAAGCUAGUGAAAAACUUUAUGUUCAAUUCCAUGACGAGUGCUGGGGAGUUCCGGUGUAUGAUGACAACCAAUUGUUCGAGUUGCUUUCGUUGUCGGGGAUGCUAAUGGAUUACAAUUGGACCGAAAUUCUAAGACGAAAGGAACUUUUUUGGGAAGCUUUUGGUGGAUUUGAACCAAAAUUUGUUGCUAAAAUGGGAGAGAAGGAGAUUAUAGAUAUAGCCACAAACAAAGACAUAACGUUGGCUGAAAGUCGAGUUAGAUCCAUUGUUGAAAAUGCCAAAUGCAUCUUGAAGAUUGCAAAACAACAUGGAUCAUUCAGUGGAUACAUGUGGGGAUGCAUGAACUAUAAACCAACCAUAAAUAGAUACAAACACCCAAGAAAUGUGCCAAUGAGGACACCAAAAGCAGAAGCCAUCAGCAAGGACUUACUGAAGCAUGGAUUCCGAUUGGUGGGUCCAGUUAUCGUUUAUUCCUUCAUGCAGGCUGCUGGAAUGAGCAUUGACCAUCUUGUUGACUGCUUUAGGUUUGAUGAAUGUGUUAGCCUUGCAGAAAGGCCAUGGAGGCAUGUCUAA